AUGUCCGGCUUCAAGUCGAGGCAGGAAAAGGAAGAUUUCGGGGCGGUGGGUGGACCGGGACACUUGACGAAGCUGGUGCUCAAGUUUACGACCGCGUCGGAAUCGGACGUGCAGCCCUCGUGCGAGAUCUCCACGGCCGGUGCCAGCAUCGGGCAGUCGGAGGACAACACCGUCUCCAUCCCUUCGGAUAGCAUGCUGGCCCCGCUAAACCACGCGAUGGUCACGUACGAACACGCCCGGGGAGGAAGCAACAACAACGACAGCGGCGGCGGCGGGGCUAGAAGUCGUGGCGAUGGCGGCGGCAGGGACGUUGUCCCAGGAGCAGGAGUCAACGGCGGCGAUGGUGGUAGCAGUGGAGGGGUUCGGGAAGGAGAUGACACAAACGGCCUCCACGAUAGCGGCGACCGCGGGCGAGACGGCGGCGGCGGCGGCGGCGGCGGUGGUGGUGGCAGCAGCAGCGCAGACGCUGAGGACGGGGGGGGGGUCGAAGGAGGGCCGGGGGGGUUCUUCUUUUCCGACGGAGGACAGGGCACGGACUUCGCGGCGGCGUUCCGAAUACGUGUCGGCGAGGGGAACCGGGAGUGGCGGUUAACUCAGGCAAGCGGGUGCUGCGGAGAGGGAGGGAGAGACGCGCCGUUCGCGGGGCGCGGAGCGGGAGGAAGACAUUUUCCGUGGGCGUUUGUUGUUUGA